AUGCCGCAGGGUCCGCAGCAGCCUGCCAGCAGGCCUGAGCGGUGGCUUGCGAUGCGAACCGGCUGCGCCGCUUCCUCGGCGCCGGGCGCACGGACGGACCCAGCGGCGUCGCGCACGCGUCUGAGCCACGCGUCGGAGAUGCAAUCAGACUCUGAUUCCGGACUACCCAGCGUUCUGCUGCCCGUGGGCGGAAUGUACUGUUGCGAGGCGCCGCUGGUCGGCGGCGCGCGCCUUCUCGCUGUGUCGGCGCGCCUGGCUGCGCUUUGCGCCAAGCGCACCAGUCACGUGCUGCCACCGACAGCGCCACACCACUGCAUCACGUGCCGCGAGGAAAGCUGCGUCGCGUGA